AUGGCAGGACAGAAACGAUCACGAUUAGAGCAAGACGAUCAAGAGAACUCUGAUUCAUCUUUCUCAAUUGUUCAGGCGGAAGGCGAUGACAUUGACAUAUCAUCAGCUUUGGCCGGAAAGCGUGCACGCCGCGAGUCAUCAGACGAGGAUCAUGUUACAGAUGAUGAUGAACUCCAAGAAUUCAUCAACGACUCUAUUGCAAAGAGGAACGUGAAAGGAGGGACAGCACUUCUCAAAAAAACCAAGAGUAAAGGAAAGGGCAAAGGAGAAGUCGGCGGUGGUAGCUUCCAGAGCAUGGGUCUCCACCCAUUCCUGCUUCGUGCAUUGACUAUUCAAGGGUACCGGACACCUACCCCGAUUCAGCGUGCAACUAUUCCUUCCCUACUCGCGUCGCCACCCAGAGAUCUGGUAGGAAUGGCACGCACAGGAUCGGGAAAGACUCUUGCAUACAUGAUACCCUUGUUACAACGUCUUGGUGGUCGCCAUUCACAUGCCUUUGGUGUGCGUGCUAUCAUCCUCGUCCCAGCCAGGGAGCUGGCUCUUCAAGUCCUCAAGGUUGGGAAAGGCCUCGUCAAGGGUUGGCGAGACGACGGUGGACAUCAUGCUGGCGAUGGUGUGGAUAACGAAGACGUUAUCAAACUUGGUCAAAGUGAAACUCUACGUUGGGGUCUGGUUGUAGGGGGAGAAAGUAUGAACGAACAGUUCGAGAUGAUAAGUAGUAAUCCAGACGUAAUCAUCGCAACUCCCGGCCGCCUCCUCCACUUGAUCGUUGAGAUGAACUUGUCUCUUGCUAAAGCCGAAUACGUCGUUUUUGAUGAAGCUGAUCGCCUCUUCGAGCUCGGAUUCUCUACUGCACUUACGGAAAUAUUAGCGCGUCUGCCCGCUUCCCGACAAACUCUACUCUUCUCCGCCACCCUUCCAAAGUCACUGGUGGAGUUUGCGAAGGCUGGAUUGCGAAAUCCUAAACUAGUCCGCCUAGAUGCAGAGUCCAAGAUAAGCACAGACCUCCGGAUGGCUUUCUUCUCUGUGAAACCGGCAGAGAAGGAUGCUUGCUUGCUCUCGUUACUCCGGGAUGUCAUCAAAGUUCCUCUUGGCGAUUCAUACGGCAUUUCCGAUGACAAUCAAAACAAGGAUACUAAGGGAAAGGGCAAGGCAAAACCCGGGCAUCCCAUGCAGACCGCACCACAUCAGACUCUCGUGUUUGCAGCAACCAAGCACCAUGUCGAAUACCUAUCUACAUUGCUUACAGCUGCAGGCUACGCUGUGUCCUCUCUUUACGGUUCACUCGUGCAGUCGAGUAGAACGUAUCAAAUGUCUCAGUUUCUGGCACGGAAGACACAGAUCCUGGUCGUAACGGAUGUUGCAGCUCGUGGUUUGGAUAUUCCGAUUUUGGAACAUGUUGUAAACUACGACUUCCCCGUCGGCGCUCGCAUUUUCGUGCAUCGUGUGGGGCGAACUGCGCGUGCAGGAAGAAGGGGAUGGGCUUGGAGUUUUGUAACCCACUCCGAAGCCGCUUACCUUAGCGACCUGCAACUUUUCCUUGGUCGACCGCUUUUGAGUGCCAAUUCUUACCCCCCUGCUGUUCGCACCUCCGAGGUUCCGUAUACGCAAUCGCUCAUCCUCGGACCGUUCCCGCGGGAUACGAUUGAUGUAGAGGUCGAGUACAUCCGGUCACUUGAAAUCACCCAAAAUAACCUGACUAGCCUACGCGGAGUGAUGGAACGUGGACAAUCUAUGUACGAACGUAGUCGAGGGAAGGCUAGCGUGGCGAGUUACAAACGAGCAAAGGAGUUGACAAAGAGUGGCGGGGGGUGGGCAAGCAAUGCAAAUGGUACGCACCCUGUACUGGCACUCAUGCAGUAUACACUCGAGGGUAACGCGGAUAACGGCCUUGAGGAGGAGCGGUCACGGGAAGAAAAGCGACUCUCGAUGGUUCGCGCUGUCAAUUCGUUCAUGCCCACAGAAACGGUGUUCGAGGUUGGGACGCGUGGUAAGGCGAAUGCGGAAACAGCAGCCCUGAUGAGGGAACGGAGGAGAGCACUGGCCAAGACUGCUGAGAGGACGCGACUGUCAACCGCAGCCGCCGAAGAGUCGGUGGUCAAUGAUGAUGAUUACACUAUGGACAAUGAUAACGUUGAGAUAGAAAUGGCCGACGAGGAGGAUGUCGCAGCCGUGUUUGGUGUCUCGUCCCAGAAGGGGAGAACCAGCUUUCGCGACGAUGGCUUUUAUAUGUCCCAUUAUCAAAAAGACUCUCACACGGAGAAAGGAUAUUCACUGGCGGAUGGUGCUUCUUCAUUUGCAGUGCAGGCCAAUAGCGCGUUGCUCGAUCUUGCGGGAGAUGUAACAGUGACAGAACGACAACGGCACAAGCUCACUUGGGAUAAGAAAAAGAAGAACUUCGUGAAGGGAGAUGGUGUAGGAGCUGACAACAUUAAGCUUGUGCGCACAGAGAAUGGAACACGACUUCCCGCAACGUACAGGAGUGGUCGGUUUGAAGAAUGGCAGAAGAAAGCUAAGGUGAUGCUACCCAAGGUUGGAGAGCAGGAGCUCAGGAAGAAGGAUGGAUUUGGAGGGCUUGGCGGGAAAAAGUGGAAACACAGCAGAGUGAUUGAAGCGAAACCUUUGGACAAGCUCCACAAAGAUUAUGAGCGGAAGGCAAGGCAGCUGAAGAAGAAAAAGGUGGAGGAAGUGGGGACCGUCGAGGGCAAUGUCCGGGGACCUGACAGGACGUUGUCUGACAAAAGAACCAAGAAACUCGGCAGACGACAGGGCGGGAAGUCCAUUGGUCGCCUCAAAAACGAACUUAAGACCGUCGAGCAAAUCCACAAGAGUCGCAAGAUGACGGAGAAGAAAAGGGCCAAGAAUGCACGUCCGAGUCGUAAAGGCAAGCGAUAG